AUGAGCAGCCCGGACCCAAGUCAGCUAGGGGAGCGAGGGGGUGGGGCCCAGGGCGGCCGCGGCCGCAGCUGCCCAGCUGCGCCGCGGUUCGCCGGCAGGCUCCACUCCCUCCUGGUUCACACCUUAGGCUUUCUUACCCAGGUGGCCGCUUGCUGUUUCCUGGGCCCGCGCUUCCUGGCCACAGCGGUGACGCUGUGGCUACUGGACUUCCUGUGCAUCCGCAAGAAGGUGCUGAUGAGACGCCGGCGCGAAGGCGACGCUGAGGAGCCUCGGAAGGCGGGCAAGGGCGGGGGUGGGGGUGUAGGAGAUGAGGAGGAUGGGGCAGCUGUUAUCCAGAGCCCAGGGCUACCCCCGGAUGACCCACCAGUCUGGGUCUCUGACUCCAAUCGGCUCUGCACUCUAGAGUCGCUGAAGGCUGUCUGGCACGGACAAAAGAUGGACUUCUUCAAGACUGCCCGAAAGGGCUCCCUUGCCCCCAAUCCCGAGGUCAUCCAGCUGGAUGGUCUGAAAAGACUGCGCAUCCUAGACUUCGCCCGGGGCAGCCGGCCGCUGGUCCUCAACUUCGGCAGCUGCACCUGACCCCCGUUCAUGGCGCGGCUGCGCGCCUUCCAGCGCCUCGCUUCCACCUUCCUAGACAUCGCCGACUUCUUGCUUGUCUACAUCGAAGAAGCCCACCCUUCCGACGGCUGGGUCAGCUCAGAUGCAGCCUACGACAUCCCCAAGCACCAGUGCCUUCAGGACCGGCUGCGGGCCGCCCGGCUCUUACAGGAGGGCGUCCCGGGAUGCCUGCUCGCGGUGGACACCAUGGACAACGCGUCCAGUGCAGCCUACGGUGCCUACUUCGAGCGGCUCUACAUAAUCCAAGAUGCCCGAGUCAUGUACCAGGGGGGACGAGGCCCCGAGGGCUAUAAGAUCUCAGAACUGAGGCACUGGCUUGACCAGUACAAAGACCGCCUGCAGAGCCCAGAGGCCUCUGAGGUCCUACCUGUGUAAUUGACUGUUUCCAAAACAAAGAACCCUAAACAAACGUGCAAUUGACGACUCUCAAUCACAGAAAGUGAUAGUUACACAAAAGAAGGGGGAAGGGAGAAUUAACCCAUGGGGGAAGGGGUUCCAGGGGGAAGAAAACACCUCUCUUCCCACCUCAAAUUCCAUUUUUCUCCACUUUGUUGACGGCAGUGCGAACAUUGUAUAUGUUACGCGUGUGCAUGGGUGUGUAAACCAGUGUAACUCUGUGAAUGCCCAUUGUCUCCCGCAGAGAGAAGACACCCCUGCCACCUGGGACACCUCAACCUCUACGGGGCCAAUCCCUGCUUGCUUGGGAAUUAAAAAAAAAAAAAAAAAAAAAAAAAAAAAAAAAAAAGAAUUGAGUCCUAAAAGUGUGAAGAAUUGUACUGCCAAGUAUCCCGAUGUGUGACUCUGUAAUCUCUGCUCGCUGGUUCGCUGGCCUGUGUGUGUGCGCGCACGCGUGUGAUCCGAUGUCUCUCGGUGUGUGACUUUUUAAAGAGGCGUUUGGGCUGACCCUGCUCCUCCCAGCCCGCAUCUCUUCUUUGUUUCUACCUAUAUUGUAUUGCCCUGAUUCUUUCCGUCUCGUA